GAUUGUGCCACGAGGUACGACGAGUCGGUCGAUAGGUAUCCUCAGAAAUUCCACUCGAGGCAACGUGACAAGGUGUGCAGUGGCGGGUCGGACGAGUUGUUUUCUCUUCGCUCGUUUAUCCAAAAUCGGAUACAUAUAUCGGAAGGCGAAUCGAUGACGUCUGAUGCCGGAUCCACGUUUCAAAAUAACCUCAAUGAUUUCUCCAAACAGAACCAGAUGGAAAUCGCUCAAAACAAAGAUGCUUCUUCCAAAAUACUUCGGCCACGAAAGAUGUUAAUACAGACGAGCGUUAAUCUUCUCAUUUCGUCGUAUUUGACUUCUGGGCGAUUUCUUUACGAAAUUCGUGCAGCGUCUUUGUAUAUUAUAUUUCGUGUUUCACUGCAUCGACCAUCAAGGUUAUUUUUUAUGGCUCUGGGAAUUGAUCAGAUACCAGACAGCGAACUAGGAACGUUUCGGCGAACUACAUCCCUCAGAUUGGCAAAAUCACCGAACUCAAGUACCGUCAAUAGCAAUCAAUCGUACGUGUCGUCGAACGAUGAAAAAUCAUCGGUGUCCAUGACAUGGACCCCAGAUAAAGGAGAUACCAUACCAGUUCGGCCCGCCAGGCACUCCGCACCUGCGAUCGACGCACCUGCGCCGGAAUACCUCGCCAGAAAUCUUCUGCAGCUUGGCUGUCCCGCCGUGUCAAUGCCCACACCUCGUGGAGGAGUAGGGUCUGAGCCUCCGCAGAGUAGCGACAGCGAUGAACAUUCGACGGCGCAUACCCAACAACAACAACAACAACAACAACAGCAACAGCAUAGUCAUGGGCAUGGGUAUGGACAAGGACAGGUGGAUAUCUACAACUUGCCCAAAGUCCAGGUGUCGGGACCAUCGAACAUUGAUGAAUCCUCUUCCGUCGUCAAUGGGUCUGCGGGGUCCAUAGGAGCACGAUCCGCGCCCAGCACGCCUCUUCAAGUAGCUCCUGGUGCGCAACAAGCGGGCCAGCAGUCGAUUAGCGGCUCUCAGCUUACAGUAGCCGCUGCCAAUAAUUCGCAGCCACCAAGGAGCCCGAGCCACGCGGCCUUGAGAUGUAACGACAGUCAUCUUUCCAAACCGCUCAGUAGAAGUACACCAUCAAUGGCAGCUGGUGGUGUUGUGCAGACUCCAGGGAAGGUUAGUAGAUCUUCGUCCACAUCGUCGCCAACGACUACCAGCAGCGCGAGACAGAAGAAAUUCCACAGGCAUUUCUCUCAGGUUGCUGCGGACGAACGGGUAUUGAACUACUACAGUUGCGCGCUGGUAGGCGACAUCUUACUGCAAGGACACCUGUACAUUACACCAAAUUAUUUCGCGUUCUAUAGUAACGUGUUCGGCUAUGUAACGAAGCUUUUGAUACCUACAGUUUCCGUGUUGAAGAUCAGUAAAGAGAAGACAGCACGAAUCAUUCCAAACGCUGUAGCAAUUGCCACCGAAGAGGAGAGGCAUGUCUUCUGUUCUCUUCUAUCCAGAGACUCGACCUUCAAGUUGAUGAAACAGGUUUGGGACGCUGCGUUGGAGCCACAACCGUCGCCAACGAUUCUACCGUUGAGCACAGAGCAGAAGCUCCUCACCCCAAACGCGUUGGUUGUCGAUGAUUCCGAGGUGAAUCCGGAGGAAGAUGAUUCCAGCAUGUCUGAAAGCGGGACAGAUCUGAAUUCCAGACCGCCGACCAUCUGCACCGACACCGAUGCUGUCCCAUUGAAAAUUGUCAGGCCUAGUUUGCCACCACCUGCAAAGGUGGAACCAUCACCGGUGCCGAUACUUCCAGCAACGUCCAACAACUCCAACGCUGUUUUAUCCUUGUUCACGGGUAGAUUGAGAACUAGCACAGUGAUUACCAUACUGAUAGUAGUCCUAGCAGCUCUAUACAUGUCGGCGGCUUUGAUGAUGAUUCGCAUCGACAGGUUACAUACGGCGUAUCUCAACCAUCCGUUUGUUUCGCCGGAACGUUUCACUCAGGAUCGACUUUUGCAUUACCUUAAUACAAACAUUGAUCAAAUAGUAAAGGUACGACAGAGUCUACAGAUGUUGUCGCAGCAGUUCGUGUCGAUGAGCCAAAAUGGAGAAACCGAGCCGAGCGUAUCCGGUGGCAUGUUGGAACCGGAAGACGCUCCGAGUUAGCCCCCGACGAAGCUAAAUAAUUUAAUGCAACCAAAUAAUAUAAGUCCCCGUCGCCUCGCUAGCGUAUGAAGCGUCUCGUAUUAAUACGUCGUUGUCUUCGUAAUCGGCGUCGAUUUAUUAUCGGCGCGCGAAAACGAUCUCGAUUCGAUCAAUUAAUUAACGGUGUCGCUUCGACGGUCCUUAAUAGGCAAUUAUUAUCGUUAGACUAUCUAGACUUACCUGAACAGGUUUUGGAGGUAAUAGGUUAUUUAAAGUAAAAGAACAAAAGAGACAAAAAGAAAGUAAAUUAUACACUGAAAAUUUUUCGAACGCAGGGAUCGCAACGAUCGUAACGAUCCUUCUACACUUAGAUUGGAGAGCAUGCGUAACUCGAUUCUUAAUUUUCAGUCACGCUUGCAGAAUUUAAAUAAGAUGCUUAAAGGCUGUAACAAACGAAGUAAAUAUAAAAAAGAAAAAAUAUAAGGAGCGCCAUAUAUACGACAUACGUGUACGAGUGUGUGCUAGACAAUUGUAUGUAUGACAAGAUGAUGCGAAAUGAAUUGAUGAAUACGAAGUAGAAGAAAAAAAGAAAUAUUUGAACGCGCAACGCGAGCGAAGGGAUUUUCGUUUUUGAAAACUAGUCACGUAUUUAUAUAUGCCCCACAUAUAGCAAGAGUAUAAUGAACAAAAAAAUGGAAUAUAUAUAUAAAUAUAAAUAUUAUAAAGAAGCUAUAUAUAUAUGUAUAUAUAUGUAUAUAUAUAUAUAUGUAUAUAUAUAUAUAUAUAUAUACACAUAGAAUAAUGCAUAUUUCGCGAUUACUUGUUGAUAUUGUAUAUCUGAGAUAGUUGAGGCACUACCUUUUUAAUCGAAACAACUGACAAAGAAUUACAUUAUAGAAUUAACAAAGUGGUUAUGCAUUUCUGUCGUACCGGAAGCAAGAAUAAUGUAUUGUAUCGCUGCAAGAAAGAUACCAAGAAGGAAAAAGUUUCUUAACAGACGAGCUUGUGCUGCAGUAUUUUGAUCGUUCGGAAUACACGCUAUUUCGUCAUCGAAUAUCGAAUACUGCGCCUUUUAGACAAAAACAGUUAAAAUGAAAAAAAAGGAAAGAAAAUAAACGAGACAUUGCAUUUCCCACGCACACUGGUGUUCCUACGAAAAAAAUUUUUCCGGUCGUUUAUUCGGGAUAAUAACGAAAGAGUAGUUUUCUUCGUUUCUCUGUCUUUCCUUAUCUUUUUCGUUUGCUUUUUUUUUACUUGACUCCUUCGAAACGAUUCUUGGUAUGCGAAAGUGCUCGCGAAAUAUUCUAUUCACUUAUGAAUAUAUUUCAAUAUCGUUGCACAUGUUCUUCUAUGUGUAUGUAAAAUAAUGCGAAGAAACGUUCGAACAAAGUGUUGUUAUAAUUGCGGUUAUAAUAUGGGAUAUGAGAAACGGGAGAUUUGACUGUGAUAGUAGGAUCGAGGAUCGAAUUUUGUUAAAACACGACCGCGUUUAGCAGAUUCGUCGUGUUCGUCCCAUCGAAACAAAAAUGAAAUAAAUAAGUAAAACUAAAGUAAACGAUAGACUGGUUAUUACGAUCGGACCAAAAAAAAAGAAUGUCGUAAACGCGGUCGUCAUUGCGCGAGAUCGCGUGGAAUCUAAAAAGAAAUGCUGUUACGUUAUUUACCUGAUAUUUAUAAAAACUAAAAAAAAUGCACGUACGAUGAAGCGAAAUUCAAUUGAACCGUUGUUUUUCGAUAUGAUUAUCAUUUAUUACUAUUAAAUCAUUGUGAUUGUAUUUAUCGAUAAACGGCGUUAAUUUUUAAUUAGUUGAACAUAUGUUAUACCUUUUUUGCUAUUGUUCGUCAUUUUAUUGUCAUUACGUUCGCGAAACGUAUAUUCUAAAUUGUAAGAAAGAGAAAGUGAAAAGAUAUAAAAAUAUGGGGGAUGUAUUUAUCUGGUGGCAAUUUAGUGGACUAUCUAAUUUAUUCUAAUUUAGUCUUUAUAAGUUUCUAAUUACGAAUUUAUAGUUUGAACCUUUUUGUGUACUUUACCUUUACGUUGAUUAAAUUCGCUGGAAUUUGUAGUUGCGAAUUGUAUAUGCCUUUUUAAAGUAUUGCUUAUUCACGGGGGAGGAGAUAUACUUGUGCCUGGCGUGUGCCGUAAUGAGGAAAUAUCGGCUGCAUUCUAAAAUAGAAAAUGAAACACAAGAGCGUACGUGUAUAUGAAGCAAAAAUUGCUGGAAUUCGUUCGUCAGGCGAUUUACAUCGAAUUUUAUUUUAUCUUUUCCUGAUAGAUUGAACGUUUUGAAAUUGAACGAUGUUAAUAUGAUACAGAAAAUUAAUGAAAAUUGGACGACGCUCGCCAUUUGAAGCGAAACAAAUUUAGGGGAAAAAUGGAAAACUAUUUAAUAAAAUUUAUGCCAAAUGUCGAAACUAUUGUACUUGUCGUAUAAAGAACAAGAAAUUGUUUUGUAAAAACUUAUCUGUUACUGUAAAUUCGCUAAAAAUGAUGUAGUCGAAUAAUUCACAGAGCGAUUGAACGGAGAAAAUAUUUUUCAGAAUGACUCUUUGGCGAUAAUUAUCCACUUGAUCUAGCUUUGGAUCUCGUUACGUAAAAUUUUAAACGGAAACAGGUCUGUAAAGGGACGAAUGGUUUCUCUCUUUCCGUUCUCGUACGAAUAUCGUUCGCCUUAAUCCUAUGUACUGUUAGAUCAAUGCUCAACGUACGACUCAUUUAUUCCUAGAAUAUGUAUCCGUAUAUAACAGCUCUUGAUUUGUACUUGUUCUAUAUGUGCGAACUGUCGUGGCGACGUCAAUUGAAUUUGCUGUACUUUUCAGAAUCUGAUGCUAUUAAAUUUAAUCAAAUUGACAGAAUUGAUCAGUAUUGAAUACUUUCAAACAUAAUAGGUCAAGGUUGUCUGUUUCGUAUUUCUGUAUAUUUUUAAUUUUUUAAAUAAAACAAUAAUUAUUUAUUUGAGAGAAUACAAAAUACUUUCAUUUGAUUUUUUUUAUUUAAAAGAAUUAGAAUUAUUAUUGAACUUUAUCAGUUAAUAUUUGUACUAUCAUUGUUUCUUCUUUUUAUAACGUUAAGGUUAAAAAAGCUCUAAGAUUCAUUUAAUUGUUACAAGGUAUUAUUUAAUCUCAUAGCUCAUUGUAAAUUUCAGGUGAAAUUUUGUGUAUUUCCAAUUUUUAGUAAAUUUGCUGUUAAAGAUUCGUAACGUAGUUAACAGAAUUAUGAUAUUAUUCUAAUAUUUAAGUUAUUAACUUGCGCUGUAAAUACUGUACUAUUUUACAUUCAUGUUAAUGCCUUACUUUGUCGCCCUGUAAGUAAUUGUAUCUUUACAUUUAAAGGCACAAUGUUUUACAACAGUAACAUCAAUAGCGGAAGUAACUUUGUUUCCCAAUAGUAUUUAACUAGAAUAAUAUAAUAGCUUUUCUGGUUUUUAAAUUUAUAUUAUUUUCCAUUUACUCUUACAUGUUUUCUAAAUGUCAUGAUUUAUAUUUUUGUGAUAUUAACUAGUUCAUUUGUAAUUAUUCAUAUUUUCAGUAAGGAACCAGCGUCUUUCUUGUAAAUUCUAAAUUAUUCUAAUUAAAAACGAGGAAAAUCAGUCUUAUAUAUGGAUAAAGCUUGAGCAGCACUAUCUUAUAAAAUAAUUUUAUUUUCAAUUAAGUUUAAUCUAUUUAUUAUUUUAUGAUUGUCCCGCAAAAUAUUUAAAAAUCUUAAAGAAAAAACGUGAUAAAUUACAUUUCCAUAAAUAAAAUUACGCUUAUCAAAAAUACGCUUUCAGAUUUCUCUUUGUAUUUGAUUUCGAGACUAAAUGUACGCUUAUGUAGAUAUGCCACCUAUUUGUAAAAUACUUGUAUCUUUAAGUCUAAUUGUUUUCUUCUUUCCAACUAUGUCAAAAGUGGAUUUAUCAUGUUUGUUCUGUGUGGAAUUUACAUAUGCAAAUCAAUAUACAUUUGAUCAAGAUCUCUAAGAACUAAGCAACAAAUAUAUUCAUCGAAUAUACAAUUCAAAUAACCUCAAUGUUUCUCUGCUCAAUUGUCAAUCAGAUUUUGAAAAUGUAUAGCUUUCGUUAACGAAUUGUAUCCUCUGCGUAAAUAAGAAAAAAGCAAAUUUGUCAAACCUGACAUAGAUGUGUUUAGAAUGCAUUUAAAAACGCGUGCCGGUUCCUAGUGAAAAAUAUUUAGCGCGCGACGAUAUAAAAAGGAAAAAUAAAGGUUUUAGGAACGAAAGAAAAGAAGACAAAUGAAAGACCGUACAAUUGGAAAAUUACAGACAGACCAAUAAUUUACAACGUAAUUUGUGUAGUCCGAUAAAACGGAACGCAAAUAAAUUUAUGGAAAAUUGAAA